AUGCUAAUACCUCUCAUCCAACCCCGAAAGUUAAUUCUCAUCGGUGGCUCUAGAGAGGAAACGUUAGCGCUCGCGAAUGAUUGUCGCAAACUUCUUGCUGCACAUAUCGGCACAGGACAAGAAUCCGCUAUUGAUGUUUACUCGCCGAUUCUCGGCGAGACGGUUGACGCCAGCGUGGAUACCCACGCAUGGGCUGUUAGACUAACAGACUCUCUCGUCAGUGGCUUGAAAUGGCAGAAUGUUAAAGGCUUAAGUAUCGCCUCGGUGACUGCACGCCUUGACGGAUCAUUGUCAGAAUGUAUCGACGUAAAGGCCGAGGGAAGUAAUAAAAAGCAAAAGCUCUUAUCGACUGAUGAUGGAGAGAAUUUGGAUAACUUUAACUUGGCUGCUAUUAGACCAGCGGAGAUUCCAAAGCUAGACGUACUGCCAUCAAACAUGGCUUCAGCCGCUCGAUCUGUAGCACAGCCAUUACAGGUAGGGGACUUGCGCCUAGCAGAUCUCCGUAAAAUCAUGCAGACUUCAGGUCAUACGGCGGAGUUUAAGGGCGAGGGGAUGCUACUCAUUGAUGGUACUGUGAUUGUUCGGAAGACUGGGACUGGGAGAAUCGAGGUUGAGAGUGUUGGCCUCCCAAUGGGCCCUAGCUCUGCCGUAACAAGUAUGCAUCCAGGCGGAACUUUUUUUGCAGUAAAGAAUAGGAUUUAUGAGGGCCUAGCCGUGGUCAAAUAA